AUGUCAACCAAGCAACAUGAAGACGUCGCCGAGCAACUCAAGUCGAUUCUGUCCGCCAUGCAGGUUCUCAAGCCGAAGACUCUCGGUUCCGUAACUGGAGGCUCGUAUCGCAAUAUGAUGUGCGUGCCCCCUCCAUUACAACCGAAGCAGGCGUUUUCCACUAUGGCCGAAUUUCAUGAACUACUCGCUUGCAUCCCCCUGAACUGUGGCUUUCGCUUCGCACAUGGCGACCUGCUUCCAAAGAAUAUCAUGGUCGACGGCUCCAAGAUCACUGGCAUCAUCGACUGGCAAAAUGCAGGCUUCUGGCCUGACUUCUGGGAAUAUUGUCGAAUGCACGAUUCCAAUUUUGAAACGCGGGGCUGGUCCAAGGUUCUUAAGAUAGUAUUCCCGGGUGAAGGCCGACCGAAAGAGGUCCAGGCUAUCCAUAGGAUGUUGAUAAAUUGCUCCUGGUUCCUAUCCUAG